AAAUCCGAAAGUAAACGAGACAGAUAAACGUUAAACAUGAAGCGUGCUCUUUUGGUAAGCAGCAUACAGCGUCAAGUUUGGGACAUUCGACAUCGUUUAGCCUACAUUUAAAUGUGCUCAAUAAUAUUACACAAUUUAAUGACUACCCGGUGACCCAUGGGUGAAGCGGAAGAGAUACAAGAUGGAGAUUUUGUUGCAAGCAGCAGAUCAGUGUCUCCAGUGCCCAGCUGCUUGUCUAUGAAAAGCAGCAAUGCUGUUGAGUAUCCUCCAUACAUAGAAGAUGGCAGUAAUCCAUGUGAACCCAGUAAGCAAGUAACAUCUGAGUCACUUGUACACAGAACUGUGUCCACGAGUGAUGUGUCGAUCGAACAGCCUCCAAACAUCAACUGCGAAAUACAAGCUGAAGGAAAAUCAGACAAAGUAACCAGCAUGGGGUCCAUCAGGAGUAACCGAUCUAAAUAUAAAGCUGAGACAAGGAAAAACAGCUGGGAAUCUGAACUUGCUGUCCUUAAGAAAUUAAAAUCAAACUUGAAAGUCAAGUGUCAAUGUUUGCAUGAAGGAAUUGCCUGUCGGAGUAACCCAACACUCCUCAAUGACAUCUACACAAAGGUUUACAUCACAGAGGAUAGAGGCGGAGGGAUCAAUAAUGAGCAUGAGGUGAGACAGAUUGAAGCAGCAUCCAGAAGAACAUCUACAGAGGACAGACCCAUCGACUGCAAUGACAUCUUCAAACCAUCACACGGGCAAGACAAACCCAUCAGAACUGUGCUGACAAAAGGAGUCGCUGGCAUUGGUAAAACAGUUUCUGUGCAGAAGUUCAUUCUGGACUGGGCUGAAGGCAAAGCGAAUCGAGAUGUUCAUCUCAUAUUUCCAAUUCCUUUCAGAGAGCUUAAUUUAAUGAAUAAACAAAAAUUCAGUCUGUUGGAACUUCUCAGUAUCUUUAUCAUGGAAACGAAACAAUUAGAAAUAUCCAAUGAUAAAUAUAAAGUUUACUUUAUCUUUGAUGGUUUGGAUGAGUGUCGCCUCCCACUGGAUUUUGACAACAGCGUGAGGUUGUGUGAUGUAAAUGAAUCGGCGUCAGUGGAUGUGCUGGUGACAAAUCUGAUCCAGGGAAAUCUGCUUCCCUCUGCUUUCAUCUGGAUCACCUCCAGACCAGCAGCAUCUGAUCUCAUCCCAUCUGAGUGUGUUGAUCGUGUCACAGAAGUACGAGGCUUUAGUGAUCCACAAAAGGAGGAAUACUUCAGGAAAAGAAUCAGUGAUGAGGGACUGGCCGACAAAAUCAUCUCACACCUAAAGUCCUCCAGGAGUCUCUACAUCAUGUGUCACAUCCCAGUGUUCUGCUGGAUUUCAGUCACUGUUCUAGAGAAAAUGUUGGGUGAAGCAGAGAGCGGAGAGAUCCCCAAAACUCUUACUCAGAUGUACACACACUUCCUCAUCAUUCAGACGAACAUCAAACAUCAAAAGGACUAUGAGAUGAAAGUGAAAGAUGAGGAGAUGAUUCUCAAACUGGGCAAAUUGGCUUUUGAGCAGCUUAUGAAAGGCAAUUUGAUCUUCUACAAGGAAGACCUGACAGAGUGUGGCAUUGAUGUAGCAGAAGCAUCAGUGUAUUCAGGAUUGUGUACUCAGAUCUUCAGAGAAGAACAUGGGCUGCACCACAGGAAUGUCUACUGUUUUGUUCACAUGACCAUGCAGGAACAUCUUGCAGCAUUGUAUGCGUACUUAUCCUUUAUCAACAAUAAAAUAAAUGUGAUCGAUCAAAAUACAACAACAUGCUCGGACUUAUCUGACAUGCUUAUGAACGCUGUUGAUGAAGCACUAGCAAGUCAAACUGGACAUCUGGAUCUCUUCCUCCGUUUUCUUCUGGGUCUCUCCUUGGCAUCCAAUCAGGUUCUCUUACAACGCCUGUUGACCCACACAGGGUGCAGCGUCCAAUGCACAGAGAAAACAGCCGAGCAUAUCAAGCACAAGAUCAUGGAGAAUCCGUCUCCAGAGAAGUCGAUCAACCUGUUCCACUGCCUGAAUGAACUCGGUGACCAUUCUCUUGUCAAGGAAGUUCAGUAUUUUCUUACUUCAGGGACUAUAAGAGGAACUAAACUUUCAGCCUCCCAGUGGUCAGCUGUCGCCUUCGUGCUGCUGACCUCAGAACAGCUGGAUGUGUUACACAUGAGCAAGUAUGCCAGAAUGUGCAGUGAUAUCGAUGAAGUUCUUGAGAGGCUCCUGCCUGUGAUCGAGGCAUCUAGAACCGUUCAUCUUCAUUAUUGUAUACUGUCAGCCAAAUGCUGUCCAGCUCUGGCCUCGGCUCUAAGCUCAAAGAUUUCAUGUCUGAGAGAGCUGAACUUGAAUGGAAAUGGACUUCAUGAUGAAGGAGCAACCGAACUCUUUCACGGUCUGGAGAGUCCACAUUGUAAAUUGGAGAUACUGAGGCUUGCAAACUGUAAACUGGCAGACAAAAGCUGUUCUGCUCUGGCCACUGCUCUUAAAUCAGAAUCCUCCAGUUUGAAAGAGCUCAACCUGAACUGGAAUAACCUGCAGGAUGCUGGAGUGAAUCUGCUCGCCACUGGACUGGAGAAUCCACAUUGCAAACUAGAGACACUGAAGUUACGGAAAUGUGGCUUCACAGAUUCAGGCUGUGUUGCUCUGGCCACAGCUUUGAACUUGAACCCUUGGCAUUUGAAAGAACUCCAUUUGAAUAGAAAUGAUCUUGGCGAUAGAGGCAUGACACUGCUUUCUGGUGCAUUGCAGAACCCUUGCUGUAAACUGGAGAUAUUAGGUGUGAUUAGAUGUGGUAUCACAGAUGAAAGUUGUGCAGCUCUGGCUUCAGCUCUGAGAUCAAACCCCUCACACUUGAAACAGUUGGAUCUGUCUGAGAAUAAACUUGGAGAUUCAGGAUUAAAAAAGCUCACUGCUGGAUGCAUGAGUCCUUUCUGUAAACUAGAAACAUUGAGACUGAUGUAUUGUGAUAUCACAGAACACGGUUGUGCCGCUCUGGCUUCAAUUCUGAGAUUAAACCCAUCACACCUGACAUACCUAAACCUGUCUGGAAAUAUACUUGGAGAUUCAGGAGUGAAGCUGCUGUCUGCUGGACUGGAAAAUCCAAACUGUAAACUUGAGAAAUUUAAAUUGAUGUAUUGUGGGAUCACUGAUGGAGGUUGUGCUGCUUUGGCUUCAUUUAUGAAAUCAAACUCAUGUGAUCUUAAGGAACUCUAUCUGGAUAAGAAUGAUCUGGGAGACUCUGGAGUAAAGCUGAUCUCUGCUGCGAUGGAAAAUCCACACUGUAAACUGGAGUCACUGAAGCUGUGGGAAUGCAAUAUAACAGAUCAAGGUUGUAUUGCUCUGGCUUCAUCUUUGAGAUCAAACCCUUCACACCUCAGAAAUCUUUAUCUUUUUGGGAAUAAUCUCGGACCGUCAGGAGUAAAGCUGCUCUCUGCACUAAUUGAUGAUCCGGAUAAUUCAUUGGAGAAUUUCGAUUUAUACUAGUCGAUUAAACUACUGACUGAAGAUGAUCGCUGAAGAGAUGAUGUGACUGAUACUGAAGACAUCUACAGGGAUUAUAACAGUACAAAAUAUAUAGAUACUGUAUAUGUUAAUAUAUGAAUUUUACACAUCAUAUAAUUAUGUUACACAUUGUUUAUCCUGUUACAGAACUGAAUACUGUAGUGUGUAGGGGAGAGCAGGGGCGAAAGUACAAUUUUUUAGAAAAAUUUUUUUUUUAGACAUAUAUAUAUUUUUGCUGUGGUCCAUAACUCACAAGUGUGGUCUAUCAAUACCAGGUGGAAUUUUGAAAAAAUGUAAAAUUACUUCUGUAUAAUUUCACUUUAAACUUAAAGGUUCUCUAAGCGAAUCUGCGGGACGUUAGUUAUUGUUGACUUUCGAAACUGUUUUCAAACAGACGGAGCGUAGCUAACUCCUCCCCCUCCCCCUCCCUUCCGUGCUUUCAUGAACGCGCCCAACCCCCACCCCCAAAUCCUUCUUGUCGUUUAUUGGCUGGAAUACUUUGUUUUGUUUUGUGAGCUAGGUUUGGCCAUUUGUUGAUAUUGCCGUUUGUGAAGCCUGGGCUGUCUACAAAGAUCGCGUUUUUUUACAGUUUGAUCAGCGGACAGGCAGCAAGCAGAUAGUGAGGAGAUGUUUCCGGUAUGUAACAAAAAAUGUUUUAUGGUCUAAAACGCUUCAAUUCGCUUAGAGCACCUUAAAGUAGUGAAUUGUUGCUUUUGACCCUGGCAGCAGGGAAAGUAACACACAGGUGGGUCAAAAGUAACACAACAAAACAAGAUAGAUUUUUGUGUUACACUUGUUUUUAUUAAAUACAUUUCCUUAGAUAGUACGACCAGGUAUGGCUUGGCACAGCUCACUUUUAGGGGGUUUUCCACUGUUUACAGUACCUCGUAAUUUUUUUAGUACCACCUCGGUUAAUGUUCCAGCAAAACCCAAAUAAAACAUGACGAUACGCUGCCUGCGUUGCUCCCGUGUUGAGCAAUUACGAUGAUGUCACGCUAGAAGAGGCGGCAUGGUCCCGAGCUGCAUCGUACCACACAAUGGAAAAGCGACAAUAGAAACAUAAGAACAGUACUUUAAGUUACUGUCAGUCAUUUUUAUAUUAUGGUGGUUUGGCCAUAAACACAGGUUAUUAGGUUACUGCUAUGACUUGAAGUCUUCAUCUAAGUGAGUGUAGAUGAUAUUAAAUAUCAAAACACUUUUUUUAAUGAGGACAAAAUUACUGAGUAGACAUUUAAGAAAAAUAAUUUCUAAAUAUGUGUUUUGAAUAGUUUGUUUGAUCAAGUGGAUUGUUUACUUUGACUAAUGGCUGGUUAGUCAAAUGCAUUGUUGUCUCUAAAAGCAUGUUUUCCUCACGUACAUUUUUAUUCAUUUAAUGUUACAUUUCAGGUCAGACUAAAGAUUUAAUGCCAGCUGUUAUUUAUAUGUAUAAAUGUGUUAUUACUCUCUAUGUGUUUAUAACGGGACAUAUUUUAUAUACACAAAGAAUUAAAUCAAGCCUUUAAUAAAUAUAUUUAUUAAUGUCAUAGACCAUUACUGUACUUAUUUUUAGCUGGACCUCUGUAAACUCCUGUUUGGCAUCAUUUGUAUUACAACAGGAAUUUAGUAUUCUGGAUGUGUAUUGGAUUGCACCUCAGACCAUGUAUUUUCACAAAAGCUGUUAAUUUCUACCAUAUUGUAUUUCAACAAAAUAUUAUUAUGCUACACUCUUCUUGCAGUGUUCAGUAUUUUUGGCUGUAAAGAUGUGUUAGAUCUUUUCUACCAGAAAAUAACAACAUAAAAACAAAAUAGUUUUCAAUUGAUGUGAUCUGAAAAAAACAAAAUAUACUGUACAAAAAAAUACCACGUAGCAGGAAGCUAUACAUUACAUAAAAUAUUUUACACACACUGCUGCAAAUCUUACCCUGAAAAACAUACUGUACUUUAGAUAUUAUAUAUUAAAGAGUAGAGAUUGGUAAUGUUUACCAAAAUGGAAAAUGUUCACCAAAUUGUAACUAAGACAAGUUUUUAGUGCUGUGGUUUUGUGAUAAUUUGUGUGUGUGACAGAACUUGAUGUUAGAUGACACUAGAGGGAGCUAUUCAUCCAAUCAGAAAAAGAAAAUCUGCAUACCAGUCUUAUAUAAGAAAAAUCACUCUUUGCUGUAUGAAAUAAAAAACACUAUUUAUUAACAGCUCUAUAAGAUUAUUGUCUGCCUGCUUUCAUGGUGUUCUUAAAAGGUAAUAUAUCAGUAAGAUAGAUCCCAAUGAUCUAUAAAGUCAUUUGAACCUAUGAGAUUUACUUUAGAUAUUACUAAGAAUAACAAACAUUCAGAUUAUUUUAUUGGCUAUAAGAGGUCAAGUUUAUAAACUGUGUUGGUGAGGAUGAGCAGGGUGGUAUGUGUAUUGGUAUUUGACAGGUGCACGCUAACACCCUAUCAUUUCUUGCAGGUGCAAGUAUGGGAAUGUAAAGGUCAGAGGUCUUGUUUAUCAUGUGAGGUCAUGUUAAUGGUCAUGUUCAUGGGAUAUGCUAUCUUCAGGUCUAAUCUCAGAUGUCUGUGUAAGACUUAAAAGAUAGUUAUCGAUAGGACAGCGUGAUAGAAGGUGUAUGAGGGGUCUGUGAUGAAUGAUUAAUUACUUAAAAAUUACUUAAAAAAUAAACAAAAAUUAUAAUUUGCAAUAUGUUUGGGCUUUUUUUCUAAAUUCAA